GCCGGGGUUCUUCAGCCAUCGGUUGCUAUGGAUGUCAUCCAUCCCAGCUGCCAUCUACUAGCACAGGUCGAUCCCUACCUGGAUGCACACAACGAAGCCAUUCCUAUAAUCCCAGCGGACUAGUCCUCUAGAUACCUUCAAGGUAUCCUUAUCUUGCUAGCGGUCGUACUCCUAUGGGUAGCUUCAUAUUUUAUCACGCAGUUAACGUACUUAAGUAUCUCGGGAUUCUCGGUCUAUCUGAUUCCCCUGCUCUUUGAGAGGGGUCGUGAGACCUCGGCGCCAAAUGAGUACCAGCCUCUUCCGACAGACGAACAGCUCCUUCCCAGUCCAAAAUCACCACCUCAGCUUUCUCGUCAGGAGACGGCUGAUCUCGCAAAGGUUUACUGUAUUAUAUGGUUCCUAGCAUGCUGGACCUUCAAUUCCUCGUUGCAAUUCACUUCAGUCGCCAGUUGCUCUAUCCUUACUUCAACAAGCGGUUGCUUUGUAGGAGUUACGCUGCGGCGCAACCCCAUCUUGGGGGAUUUCCUAGCAUUCUGGUCGGCAGUCUUUUCUGCACUCUGCGUGACUCUGCUCAAGGCCCGGGUUGGUGACGAGUCUCGCAUCAACACAAGAUUGUUCUUCGGAUACGUCGGUAUCUACAAUCUCGCGACCCUGUGGAUUUUGGGCAUCAUGCUUCAUUUGACGGGUUUGGAGGCUUUCGCACUUCCAGAGACGGGGCGACAAUGGUGUGCCAUUCUUACAAAUACCAUCCUUAGCGUAUUAGCCAGCUUUCUCUACGUGAUAGCCUUGCUGAAGACGACUCCGCUAAUUGUUACUAUCGGAUCAAGUCUUACGGGGCCGUUUGCCUUGCUCGGGGAUUUUACUUUCACUGGGGUCAAUGCAGGAGGGCAGGUCAUAUUUGGCUCAUUGAUCAUUGUGACUAGUUUCGACGCUAUGAAGGAGAGAUGGAAGUGGGCAGAUGAGAACGUCACGCACGUCGAAGAUGGAGCGUUAGAAUGCAUUACGGAGAUAGAAUAACUUCCAACCACAAAGGUGAUGUAACCAUAUAGAGUUGCCGAGCAUCAACUUCUGCUACUGAUGAUCCAAACAUCAGUUUGGCAGUUCGGGUAUGUGGAGAUAGAUACUUUAGAAACUAUAUAGCCCUGGACGGAGUCUAUCUAAAAAAUCUGACCCGCCCAGAAUUCAAACUGCCCGGACAAAUAACAAUACGUUAAGGGUACCCAUCUUCUCCUGACCCCGAC